AUGUCAGAGUCUUCAGCAGCAUCAGAGGAUGCGAGAACGGAGCGGGCAGAGGAGAAACCGGGAGAUAUUGAUCCUAUUUGGUCGGAGCAGGAGCGCCAGCAAUUGACACAUAUUGCUACCCAUCAAUCAAUUCGAUCUGCUCAGCUCAUCGGCAAGGCGACCACCCCUGACCCUUCUCAUCUCGACCCUACCAGCAAGAACUUCGAUCUGUACAAAUGGAUGCUCUUUCAGGUACAGAAAUAUGAAACGGGGAGCCUUCAGCCACGAAAGACGGGCGUCGUCUUCAAGAAUCUUUCGGUCCAUGGCUCAGGAGCCGAAAUUCAGGUCCAGCAAACAGUAUACUCAGUCCUGACAGCCCCUUUCCGCCUGAGAAGUGUGAUAUCCAGCCAGAAGUCUCAUAAGACUAUCUUGCACAAUUUCAAUGGCUAUGUUAAGCGUGGUGAGAUGCUGUUGGUCUUGGGGCGCCCUGGUGCUGGGUGUUCUACGUUUCUCAAGUCGAUAUCGGCCAAUACCACAGGCUUGACGAUCGACCCAUCAUCAGAGAUACACUAUGACGGUAUUCCUCAGAAAACGAUGGUUCGCGAAUUCCGGGGCGAGAUUCUGUACAACCAGGAAGUUGAGAAACAUUUUCCACAUUUAACCGUCGGUCAGACACUCGGGUUUGCAGCUGCAGCACGAGCCCCGCGAAGCCGGGCCCCUGGACAGACACGCGAGGAGUAUAUCGAACAUGUCCGCAACGUCGUGAUGGCCGUGUUUGGGCUCUCCCACACGGUCAACACGAAGGUCGGCUCGGAUUUUGUCAGGGGUGUUAGUGGCGGUGAAAGAAAAAGAGUGUCAAUCGCUGAAAUGGCCCUGGCGGGAUCACCGCUAUGUUGCUGGGAUAAUGCGACACGAGGGUUGGAUUCAGCGUCGGCCCUCGAAUUCGUCAAGGCUUUGCGACUGAGUUCCCAGAUCUUUGAGAGUACUCAUCUGGUAGCUCUUUACCAAGCAUCACAAAACGUUUAUGACCUCUUCCACAAAGUCAUCGUCCUGUACGAAGGCCGCGAAAUAUUCUUCGGCUCGACUCAGCGCGCGAAGCAGUAUUUUGAGGAGAUGGGUUGGCACUGCCCGCCCAGACAGACCACGGCCGAUUUUCUGACUAGUUUGACCAACCCGAGCGAACGACAGACGAAACCCGGUUUUGAGAACUCCGUGCCACGCACUGCGGAAGAGUUCGAAAGAUACUGGCGGGAAAGCGCCGAUUUUAAGCAGCUCCAGAACGAGAUUUAUCAACUGGAACACGAUCUGCAGAAGAGCGGUCAUACGGCAAGUACCUUCAGUGAGAGCCAUCGGCAAAGGCAGGCUAAGCAUACUCGUCCCCAUUCCCCUUAUGUGAUCAGUAUUCCGAUGCAGGUCAAGCUCUGCACUGUGAGGGCAUAUCAGCGGAUCUGGAAUGACAAGGCGUCCACAUUGACCACAAUCGGCGGCCAAGUCGUCAUGUCCUUGAUCAUCGGAUCGUUGUUUUAUGGAACUCCGUUCGGGACUCAGUCGUUCUUUGCAAAGAGUUCAGCUCUCUUCUUCGCGAUCCUGCUGAACUCCCUGUUGACGGUAUCAGAGAUUAAUGCUCUCUACAGUCAGCGGCCAAUCGUGGAAAAGCAUGCAUCCUACGCGUUCUAUCAUCCCUUUGCUGAAGCAUUGGCGGGAAUCGUAAGCGAUAUCCCUAUAAAACUGGUCUCUGGGAUUAUUUUCAACGUCAUUCUCUAUUUCCUUGCCAGCUUGCGAUAUGAAGCGGGUCCUUUCUUCGUCUUUUUCCUGUUUACGUUCAUGUCCCUUCUCUGCAUGAGCCAGGUAUUCAGGACCAUUGCAGCGGCAACGAAGACGAUCCCCCAAGCUCUGGCCAUGGCGGGGGUUAUCCUCCUUGCUGUUGUGAUUUACACCGGAUUUGUGAUUCCUAAACCCGACAUGCACCCCUGGUUUGGAUGGAUAUUCUGGAUCAAUCCACUCGCGUACGCAUACGAGAGCCUGAUAGUCAACGAGUUUCACGGACGCGACUUUCCCUGUUCAGAUGUCGUCCCUGCCUAUCCGGGUUUCUCGACAGGCUCGAGCAAGAGCUUCAUUUGCGGCGAGAAGGGUGCCGUGGCCGGAGAACUUUUCGUGAAUGGAGACAGAUACUUGGAUGUCAGUUACGGCUAUCGAUACUCUCAUCUGUGGCGCAACUUUGGGAUUCUCUGUGCCUUUAUCGUCUUCUUCAUGGUUCUCUACCUGGUGACCACGGAGCUCAACUCUUCCAGCUCCUCGACGGCAGAGGCUUUGGUUUAUCGCUUUGGCCAUGUUCCGAAGGCCGUGCUGAAGGGAGUGAGGGAGGGUGGCUCGAAGAAGCUUGUGAGGGACGCGGGAGAUACCAAGGAAGGCCAGGAAAUCACCUUGCCGGAGCAAAAGGAUGUCUUCACGUGGCGAAACGUCUGUUACGAUAUCCAAAUCAAGGGCGAGACGAGGCGGCUAUUGGAUGGUGUCAGCGGAUGGGUCAAACCAGGCACGUUGACAGCAUUGAUGGGAGUUUCCGGUGCGGGCAAAACCACACUGCUGAAUGUUCUUGCGCAGAGGGUCUCUGUUGGCGUCAUAACUGGUGAUAUGCUGGUCAAUGGUGCGCCCUUGGAUGCAAGUUUCCAGCGGAAAACGGGCUAUGUGCAGCAGCAGGAUCUUCAUCUCCACACAUCGACUGUUCGGGAGGCUUUGCGUUUCUCGGCGCUGUUGCGGCAGCCGAAGUCUAUUCCUGUCAAGGAAAAAUACGAUUUCGUUGAGGAUGUUAUUCGCAUGCUUAAUAUGGAGGACUUUGCGGAGGCCGUCGUCGGUGUUCCUGGUGAAGGGCUGAAUGUGGAGCAGCGAAAGCUGCUGACUAUCGGUGUCGAACUGGCUGCGAAGCCCGCUCUUCUUCUGUUCCUGGAUGAGCCAACAUCUGGCCUUGACAGCCAGUCCUCCUGGACCAUCGUGUCUUUCCUGCGCAAGCUCGCAGACAACGGUCAGGCAGUCUUGUGCACGAUACACCAGCCAUCGUCUAUGCUUUUCCAACAAUUCGAUCGUUUGUUGUUCCUCGCGAAAGGCGGGCGCACGGUGUACUUCGGCGAUAUCGGUGAGAAUUCCCGAACGCUGUUGGACUACUUUGAAAGACAGGGCGCCCGCAAGUGUGAGGAGCAUGAGAAUCCAGCAGAGUACAUCCUUGAACUUGCCGGUGCGGGAGCCUUUGGUCAGUCAACUCAGGACUGGCCAGCGCUGUGGCGUGAGAGCCCAGAGGCCAAACAAGUGGAAAGUGAACUAGAUCGUCUCCACGAGACGUUGGGAAAUAAAAACGCUCCAAAGCAAACCGAUUCUCAGGAGUCCAAUACGGAGUUCGCGAUGCCCUUCUGGGACCAGCUGAUUGCGGUCAUGAUUCGAGUUUUCCAGCAGUACUGGCGCACACCAAGCUACAUCUGGGGGAAGUUUGUCCUGGGUAUAGCAUCAGCACUCUUCGUGGGUUUCUCUUUCUACAUCCCAGGGACAUCAAUGCAAGGCCUGCAGUCUCUCAUUUUCGCCAUCUUCAUGAUCACGGCCAUUUUUGCCGCCCUGGUUCAGCAGAUCAUGCCGCAGUUCAUUUUCCAGCGAGACCUCUAUGAAGUGCGCGAACGGCCUUCCAAGACAUAUCACUGGGCGGCAUUCAUCAUCGCCAACAUCUUCGUGGAGAUCCCGUUCCAGGUUGUGCUGGGAAUUGUAGUAUUUGCCGCCUUCGCUUACCCGGUGUUUGGCAUCCUCAGCUCCGAGAACCAAGGGGUGAUCCUGCUCUUGCUGAUCCAGUUCUUCGUCUUCGGGUCAACAUUUGCGCAUGCUGUUGUUGCAGCCUUGCCCGACGCCGAGACAGCGGGCCAGAUCGCGACGUUGAUCUUCUACCUGACGCUGAUUUUCAAUGGCGUCAUGCUGCCGCGCGUCGCGCUGCCGGGCUUCUGGAGCUUCAUGUACCGCGUCUCCCCGAUGACGUACAUCGUCAACACCAUCGCCGCAGCGGGCAUCAGCGGCCGGCCCGUCCACUGCUCUCAAAGUGAGCUGAGCGUGUUCCAGCCACCGCCCAAUAUGACCUGCGGACAGUACAUGCAGCCGUACCUGGAAGCGGCCGCAGCGACCGGCGCGGCAGGCAAUCUCAUCAACCCGGAAGCGACGCAGGACUGCGCCUACUGCACGCUCAGCAUGGCGGACCAGUUCCUGGCCGCGCGGGACAUUGAGUACGAUCAGCGAUGGCGCAACUUUGGCUUUGUGUGGGCGUAUAUUUGGUUCAAUGUCGUUUUUGCUGUGGCUAUUUACUAUCUGUUUCGCGUGAGGAGUUGGAGGAAGGAGUAA